ACGUGAACGCGCAGCCGGCACAGUGCGCGCUCCCGGAACAGGUGCACGAGGCGCGCGCCCCGAGCAGCGGCAGAAACAGAAACAACAGAAACACGAAGAGAAACACGAAGAAACACGGACAAAUACACCGACAUAUGUGCGCUCUGUGGACCAGAACCGACCCGGAACACCUGCCUGACCCGGAGUAACCCGAACUGACCCGGACUGACCCGGACUAACCCGGACUCACCCGCGCCGACACCGGACAUUUACCACAAGGACUCAACAUGAACCUCCAGCCGCGGUCCAACCCGAGCCCGGGCUGAGGAACCGACACCCGGAGCACGGACCCGGAGCACGGACCCGGAGCACGGACCCGGAGCACGGACCCGGAGCAGAGUCCCGGGGAGAGCGCAGGAGAGACUCGGUGAGAGCGGGGCAGAGCAGGGCAGAGCAGCAGGAGAGUCCCGGGGAGAGCGCAUCAGAGCGGGCAGAGCAGCAGGAGAGUCCCGGGGAGAGCGCAUCAGAGCGGGGCAGAGCAGCAGGAGAGUCCCGGGGAGGAGCUGCGGCCUGCGACUCAGAGCGGCUCUCGGCCCCGGUGUGCCCCGCGCCGCACCGGCCUCUGCCCGGACCGGAGCUGCGCAGACCCACCCCCGUCCUUUCCCGUCCCUCCUGAUUCCGCGCUGGGAAAGUCCUCACCCGAAUCAUCGCCAAAAUAGCCGGGCCGAGCAGGAAGAGGCAACCCUCCGAUUCAGAGCCCAGCAGCGGAAGUGAGAGCGGCGACGGGCGGCCCGUGAGCGCCAAGUGCCCCAAGAUGGACGCCAGCGCAGGAGGAGGAGGAGGGGGCAGUGGAGGAGGUCGGGCCCAGCACAGAGCCGGGCCCCUGGACCACAGCUCCAGCAAAAAGAAACAGAAAGAUCGAGUGAACCAAGAAAGUCGAGAGGCCAAGAGAGCCACAGCCACCGAGCGGGUCAUCGCAGAGGUCAAGAAAGAUGUGUUUGUGGACUGGAAGCAGAAUGCCAGUGAUGUGAUUGUGCGUCUUCGUUGUGGAGACGGAGUCCAGAGCGCCGACGACGUGAGCAGCAGCUUCAGCGACACACACGCUCUCGUCAGCUUCCCCGAUGGGCGUGAGUGGAGCUGCCUCCUGCAGGAGGAGAUUGAAGCUUCGUGCAGCAGAGUCCAGUACAAAGAGAAGACCGGACUCCUGCACCUCGUCCUGCACAAGAAGAUCCCCUUCCACAUCUGGCCCUCACUCAUGUCCAAUAAAAAGAAGGAGGCCCUGCACAAGCCUGAGUCCACUGGGCCCUCAGAGAAGAACAAAGUCUCCCAGGCCAAAGUCCAGUCCUCCUCUACUUCCCUCAACCAGACCCAACAGAACCAGACCAAACAGAACCAGACCCAACAGAACCAGACCCAACAGAACCAGACCCAACAGAACCAGACCGGUGUUCUGAAGAAGCCUGAGUCCACUGGCCCCUCAGAGAAGAAUAAAGUGUCUCAGGCUAAAGUCCAGUCCUUAUCUCCUCCUCCCAACCAGACCCAACAGAACCAGACCCAACAGAACCAGACCCAACAGAACCAGACCCAACAGAACCAGACCCAACCAGACCCAACAGAACCAGAGCCGCCCCGGGGAGCAGAGGAGCAGCAGUCGGUUGACCGUAAACGUGUCCCUCAGCCCAGAGCAGACUCCACAGAGACCAGCAGGACGAACACUGAUAAUAAGACUGUGUCAGAGCAGCUCACAGGGUCAAUGGAAUCCACAGAGGCCCCUGCCCCCCCGCCGCACCUGCCGCCGCACCUGCCGCCGCACCUGCCACCGCACCUGCCACCGCACCUGCCCGCUGGACGGAGCACGCACAUGCAGGAGGAACACGCGGCUCUGCCUGAAGACUCCUCCCACAGCAGCACUCAGGGAUCAGACGCUCCAAACCAGGACCUGGAGAUGAGGACCUCCCCGUCACCUCCAGGGGGCGACGUGCAAACGGAAGCUCUCGGCGCCGAGCAGCAGGGGCCCGACAGAGAGCAGGGGUCAGAGGUCACACAGGACAGAGGAGACGGCGAGGAGGAGGAGGAGAAGAGCGACCAGUGCAAAAAGGAGGAGCCCCCGGCUGACGCGCUCCGACAAGAAGCGCCGGAGCAGAUGGUGACGCUGCAGCUGGUGAAGAACGACUCGUACGAGAAAGGCACCGACCUGAUGGUGGUGAACGUUUACGUUAAAGGAGUGUGCCGAGAGUCUGCCAGGGUCAUCUUCAGAGAACAAGACUUCACCCUCAUCUUUCAGACCAGUGACUCAAACUUCCUGCGUCUUCACUCGGGCUGUGGCCCCAACACCGUGUUCAGGUGGCAGGUCAAACUCAGGAACCUGAUCGAGCCGGAGCAGUGCACGUACUCGUUCACUCCGUCUCGUCUGGACAUCGCUCUGAAGAAGAGACACAGUCAGCGCUGGGGAGGACUGGAGGCUCCCACCACACAAGUGGGGGGUGCAAAGGUGGCUGUGCCCUCUGGUCCUGCGUGUUUGGAGAAGAGUCAGCCGGGCAGCAGCCAGCACAGCCUGCCCCCCUCAGAGGAGCCUCCCCGCGGGGUCGAAGACAAACCCAAAACCCCCAAAGCUCCGGCGCGAGUGGAGGAGAGCGGCCUGGACUCUGUGGCUCCUCGCUCCGAACACGUGUCCCUGAAGAGCGAGCAGCCGGUCACCACGCCCAAGCCCACGUGCAUGGUCCAGCCCAUGUCCCACGCUCCGGCCGUCAGCGAGGCUCGAGAGGAAGAGGAGGAGAGGAAGGUCUGUCUGCCCGGAUUCACUGGACUCGUCAACCUCGGCAACACCUGCUUCAUGAACAGCGUCAUCCAGAGUCUGUCCAACACCAGAGAGCUCAGGGACUACUUUCACGACCGAGCGUUUGAGUCGGAGAUAAACUGUAAUAAUCCUCUGGGGACGGGGGGACGUCUCGCCAUCGGGUUCGCCGUCCUGCUCCGAGCGCUGUGGAAGGGGACGCACCACGCCUUCCAACCGUCAAAACUCAAGGCGAUCGUGGCGAGCAAAGCGAGUCAGUUCACGGGUUACGCGCAGCACGACGCUCAGGAGUUCAUGGCGUUCCUGUUGGACGGACUCCACGAGGAUCUGAACCGGAUCCAGAACAAACCGUACACCGAGACCGUGGACUCGGACGGACGCCUGGACGAGGUGGUGGCGGAGGAGGCGUGGCAGAGACACAAAAUGAGGAACGACUCUUUCAUCGUGGAUUUGUUUCAGGGACAGUUUAAGUCCAAACUCGUGUGUCCCACCUGCUCCAAGGUGUCCAUAACCUUUGACCCCUUCCUGUACCUGCCGGUGCCGUUGCCUCAGAAACAGAAGGUGCUUUCUGUUUUCUACUUCGCCAAAGAGCCUCAUAAAAAACCUGUCAAGUUCCUGGUGAGCGUGAGCAAAGAGCACUCAAGCACCGCCGAGGUCCUGGAGUCCAUCUCACGCAGCGUCAGGGUCAAAGCCGAGAACCUGCGUCUGGCCGAGGUGGCUAAGUGCCGGUUCCAGCGCGUCCUGCUGCCGUCUCACUCCCUGGACACCGUCUCUGCGUCGGACAUGUUGUUCUGCUUCGAGGUUCUCUCCAGAGACCUGGCCAAAGAGAGAGUGGUGGAGCUGCGCGUGCACCAGAAACUCCAAGUCCCCAACAUUCCCAUUUCGAAGUGCGCCGCGUGUCUGAAGCCGCCCGUGUCCGAGGAGGACAAACUGAAGAGGUGCACGCGCUGUUACCGCGUCGGAUACUGCAACCAGGUGUGUCAGAGAACCCACUGGCCCAACCACAAGGCUCUGUGUCGCCCGCACACCGAGCUCGUGGGUCUGCCCUUCCUCAUCAGCGUCCCCGAGUCCAGACUGACCACCGCCAGGCUCACUCAGCUGCUGCAGGGCUACUCCAGGUUUUCAGUGAACGUGUUCCAGCCUCCGUUCCAGUCUGGACGUUUGUCUCCGGAGAGCUCCCAGAGCCGCUCGGACCUGCCCCCGCUGUCUGUGCCCUCAGAGGGCUCAGAGGACGAGGCCAUGGGCGAGAGCUCCGGAGAACCCGGAGAACCCGGAGAGGCCGAAGAGCAGGCAGAGUGUGCUCAGGCCUCGGCGCUCGUCUCUGGGGACGCUCAGCCCCUGUCCUCCCCCUCCACCGUCACAGACUCUGGAGUCUCUGAGCUCAGCUCCUCGGCCUCCUGCUGCUCCGACCCUCACGCAGAGAAGGAGACGUCCUGUGAAAAAGCCGUCAGGCCAGAAGCGGCUGUCACUGGAUACCAGCACUCGCCUGAGGCUCUGUCGGGCCAGAGUCAGUUCUACAUCUCCAUCCUGGACUCCAACAACAAGGAGCAGAAGCUGGAGGAGAGAGAGGACAGUCUCCUGGACCUGUCUGAGGACUGCACUCUGGAGCUGGUGUGGAAGAAUAACGAGCGUCUGAAGGAGUAUGUUCUGGUGAGCUCCAAAGACCUGGAGUUUGAGGAGGACCCGGGCUCCCUGAGUGAGACGUCCAGAGCCGGACACUUCAGUCUGGAGCAGUGUCUGAACCUGUUCACUCGCCCGGAGGUGCUCGCCCCAGAGGAGGCCUGGUACUGCCCCAAGUGUCAGCAGCACAGAGAGGCGUCUAAACAGCUGCUCCUGUGGCGCCUGCCCAACGUCCUGAUCAUCCAACUCAAACGCUUCUCCUUCAGGAGCUUCAUCUGGAGAGACAAGAUCAACGACAUGGUGGACUUCCCCGUCAGAAACUUGGACUUGAGUAAGUUUUGUAUCGGUCAGAAGGACGACCUGCAGCAGGCUCCUGUGUACGACCUGUACGCUGUGAUAAACCACUACGGGGGCAUGAUUGGGGGGCACUACACGGCCUACGCCCGCCUGCCCAGCGACAAGAACAGCCAACGCAGCGACGUCGGUUGGCGUCUUUUUGACGACAGCACCGUCACGAUGGUGGAGGAGUCUCAGGUGGUGACUCGUUACGCCUACGUCCUGUUCUACCGCCGCAGGAACAGCCCCGUGGAGCGACCGCCGCGCGUGCCCCGCCCACUCGGAGCGGAGUCGCCCACGACCGCGGGAGCGGCCGCCAGCCAGGCCUCCGGUCAGUCCCUGUUCGGACCCGAUCUGGACCAAGAGGGACCCCCAACGCUGAGCCCCGAGAUCGGGGAGAGCGCCGCGCCGUCCUACAGCAACAUGGAGGAGGUGGACUAAAACCCGGACUAAAACCCGGACUAAAACCCGGACUAAAACCCGGACUAAAAACCGGACUAAAACCAGGACUAAAAACAGGACUAAAAACAGGACUAAAAACAGGACUAAAAACAGGACUACAGCAACAUGGAGGAGGUGGACUAAACCAUGUCUAGAUCAGGAUUAAACCAUAACUAAACCAGGACUAAGCUAGGACCAGACCAGGACCAGACCAGGACUACAGGAACAUGGUGGUGGUGGACUAAACAGAGACUAAACCAGGACUAAACCAGGACUAAACCAGGACUAAACCAGGACUAAACCAGGACUGGACUAGAACUAGACAAGAACCUACAGCAGGACUACACAAACCUGGAGGAGAUGGACUAGACCGGAAACCAGGACUAAACCAGAACUAAACCAGGACUAAACUGAAACCACCCUUGGACUCUGCGAGAACUUGAACAGGUCUAGACGAGGACCGAGUCUGGACUAACCCGGGGAUUAAACCAGGACUCUCCAGGACUAAACGCGGAUCGGGAGAGGUGCUUCUUUCACUUUUAGAAAAAAAAACCCGUUCUGGUCUUUUAUCGGAUCUGUAUUUACCCAAACUCUUCGUCGCCGUCGUCUUCGUUGGGAAACUGAACUUUUCUGAACUUCAGCGCGACUCCUGCUGCCGCGGCAGACGCUCCUACCGCACCCGGAGCUCAACGCGAGGCCCGGACGCCGAGACCAACGCCGAGACCAACGCCGAGCCUCCGGGACCCGAACCCGGACCACGUUGAGUCUUUGUUCUGCAGAAAGUUGCUCUGGGAAACAAAACGGAGGAUCGACAGAAACCGAGAAAACGAAACGAGAAGCGCAAGGGGGAAAUGUCGACGUGAAAAUGUCGUGUUUAAUUCAAAUUCCGGGGUAAAACCUGAUUUAAUUUUCAGUCCGAGUGAAAAAUAAAGUGUGUGGUUUGUUUAACGACGCGAACGAAUGAAAAAUCUGAUUCUAGUUGAUGCUAAAAGUUUAAAAACUGAUGUUGAAACUAAAUCCUCUUCUGUUUUUACAGCCUUAACAUAAAUAAAAAAAUACACAGAUCUUUUUCUCAACGGCCAAAAGUGCCGCGACGUCGAGUAAACGUCACUUUUCGGUUCAUGUUUUUUUGUCGCUUUCUCCAGUAGUUUCAUAAAUCUGCCCCAUCACCAACAAACUCCACAAAGGAUAAACAUUCCACUAUCACUGUCAAGAAUUUUAAUCUUUUAUCAGGUUCUUCAUCAUAUUUUUAUUACUCUUUCAGAGACGCUUCAUUCUUGUCUAGAGUCGUUUAUUUUGAAGUUAAAUCAUCUUCUGCGUGGACACAUCAUUUCACUUCUGGUAGAUUUAAGUGUUUUUAUCUUAAAUUUUGGCCAAACUUUUUUACAGCGAUGAAUUUAUCCACAACUAUGAAGAGAAGAAAGAAGAAAACUUAAAGAAAACGACGACGACACAAAACCGUCACACAACAAACUCAACUCAUGUUCUGAUCAGGAACAAAACAGAAGGAACUUCAAUUCUACAAUUACAAAUAAAAAUGGAUUUGUGACGUUUAAAUGUUCCACGUCUCCAGCACCACAACAUGAGUUUAGUUGAGUUUGAGAUUAAUGUGGCUCGUUGUUUCCUUUAAACUUUCGUCUUUUCUUCUCUUGAUAGUUUGGACUGGGAUCAUUAAGAAGUUACCGAUACGAUACAGACGUCGAUACAGGGAGCUUUCGAUUUGAUACGAUAAAUAUUUCAAAUUGAUUCAACAUAAUUCAAAUAAAAAUAAAGUCUAACUCAUGUGUGACACUAAAAGUCUUUGUUAAAUCACUUCUUCUUGUGUAAAGUUCAUCUGAAACAAACAUUUUAAUCCUCAAAACAGUGAAAAUGUCAAAUGUGUCGCAUAAACUACAACAAAACUGGAGCUGGAACUAAAUCAUUUAGUCAAAUAAACCAAAAAAUCCUUUUGGUGAAAUAUCGAAGCCGCAGAACUCAAUAUCGAUACUGAUAUAUCGAUAUUUUGAUAUUUUUGCAAACCCCUAUUGGAUCGUUGUGGAAAAAUUCUUUAUCACUGCAAAAGUUUGGCUAAAAUUUAAGAUUAAAACACUUGAGAGACACUUUAAAUCAAUCAGAAAAUGAGUUGCAGCAAGAUGAUUUGACUUGACUUUAGUUGAAUUCUCUUCAAAUAAACGACUCUAGACGAGAGUUGAGCGUCUCUGAACAAGUGAGUCGAUAAUAAAUCUGAAAAUAGGAUGAAAAACCUGAUGUAAGGUUAAAAAUCUUGGUCAGAUCAAAGAAAUUUGCAGCGGUGGAAGAAUGUUUACCCUUUGUGGAGUUUGUUGGUUGAAGAUUUGGUGAUGAAGCUGCUGGAGAAAACGACACAUUUACUCAAAAACAUUAAGUGGAACUUCUACAAACCUCCAGCGCGACACUUCAGGCGAUGGGAAAACUUUUUACUGCAAAAUUAUUUAUCAAAUGAAAAUCCUGGAGUUCAAAUUUAUUCAAAUGUUCAAUAGUUUGAUGAGCUUCAGAUCUGUCACGUCUCUGGAUUCAAAUAAUUAACAAAAACAGUAAAAGUCGAUUGAUCUGAGCGGACGCCUUUUUGAGUUUUGUUGAAGGAAAUGUAAACGUUGAGAAAGUUAAAAACGUUUGAAGUGUUUUAAAGGUCGUUCCCGUUGGAGCGACUCCGACUCAGAACCUUUAAAGACGAUCUCGGUGAAACAGGCGUCACAACUUUGGUGCUGAUCUGAGCUCGGGUCAAACCUGAGCUGCUUCACAGACCGCACCUGGUUUGGAUGACAGGUGCUGUGACAGGUGCUCUGAAAGGUGCCCUGGCAGGUGAUCUGACAGGUGCACUGGGCUGUAGCAGAAGGAAUAAUAUCAGGCGCUGACUUUUUAUGCAGAAUCUCAUUGGGUGUUUGUUUUUUUGUUGAUGAUUUGUUUUUUUUUUUGUACUUUUGUUUCCUGCUCCUGUGGACGGACGGAGCUGCGCAGUCGGGCCCUCGUCUGCGCAGUCGGAGCCGAUCUGCGCAGUCGGGACUUGUCUGCGUAGUCUGGUCUCGCUGCUUAGUCAGGCACUUGUCUGCGCAGCGGGGCCUUCGCCCGCGCAGCGGGGCCUUCGUCCGCGCAGCGGGGCCUUCGUCCGCGCAGCGGGGCCUUCGUCCGCGCAGCGGGGCCUUCGUCUGCGCAGCGGGGCCUUCGUCUGCGCAGCGGGGCCUUCGUCUGCGCAGCGGGGCCUUCGUCCGCGCAGCAGGGCCUUCGCCUGCGCAGCGGGGCCUGUGCAUGUGCAUGUGUCUCGCCUGUAAAGUGCAGCCUUCGGCCUUGAGCCUGAUGUUGGUUUCUGUCCGUGAGUCGUGUCUCUGUGUCUCUGCGUAACAUGGGAUCAUUAAAAUGCUGCUGUGGAGAAUAAAAUGGUUAAUAUAAUAAACUCUUUGACAAUGGCUCAAAA